AGGCCAUUUUUGAGAGACCUUUGCCUCGAGUCAUGGCGGAGCCUUAUAUCAGCGUGGCGUUGGUCCCGCUGCUGCCCAGCGUCACCCUGAUGUACUUCCGAGCCGCCGCAAGCGAGCACCGGAGUGUGGGCGAGCGGGAGCUGCUGCGGCGGCUGGCGCGCAUGGUGGGGCCCUUCUACGUGCUUUACUACAAGCCCCAGGCGCUGGAGGCCAGGGAGGAGCAAGCGGCGGAGAUGAAGUUGAAGCUCGAGAGCCUUACGGAGGAAGAGAGAGAAGGUGGCACUGCGCUCCGUUGGCUGGUGCCUUGUGCGGAGACCUGGAACAAGCGGCACCGGCACGAGAUGGGCCAAUUCCUGGAGGAGGUGCUGGGCCUGUGCAACGCUUCCGCCCGGGAAAUCAGCGAGGGCGCCUGUUGGUUGCUCUACCUCCUCGCCCCCGACAUGGACGAGAUCACCCACUUGGCAUGCCGCAUGGUGCAGGACGACACUUACACGACGCGCCGCUGGGGACUUUCCACCCUGCGGAGGUGUUACCUGGGCGCAUGCCCUGAGUUGGUCUCGGCGCUGCUGGGCUGCGCCCGCGGCCCGGGCCUCAUGCUGCGCAAGUUGGCCCUCCAGGUGUUGAGGCGUGUGGCGAUGGUCGGGGCCGAGCUGCCUCAGGAGCAGCUGCAGGUGCUGCAGGUGCUGCGAGACAUCGAGUUUCUGCAGGAGGAGGUGGAUGCAGUUCUGAAGGAGUUUGCGGAUUAAUUCAAGUUGUUCCAAGGCGGACCGGAGAAUUUCAACGAAGAAAGGAGGGAGCCUCCCUCCCUGGGUGACAUGUCAAGCAACCCCUCCAGGUUUUGUUGAUC